AUGUCCUUCGAUAUAACGGCACCAUUUCAAGCCGGAUUUAGCACACGUGAUCAGAUAGAACAUCGUCACAAAGUUCAUCCUGUGCAAAUAAUUGCUCCUCUUUCAUCUCAGCCUAAUCGUUACAAAUUUUUGGAAAACUCACUUGCCUCUAUAGUAAUCAUAAGUGUAGCAGGUGCAUUUCGGAAAGGGAAAAGCUUUCUACUCAAUAUAUUCCUCGAUUAUUUGUAUAGUUUACAAAAAUCACAACAGAAUGGCACAACUUUGGAAUGGCUUUUGGAUGACUCACAAUUAGGAGGCUUUCAUUGGAGAACUGGGAUGAAACGUGACACCGCAGGAAUUUGGAUCUGGGGUGAACCGAUAAUGAUUGAAGCAGCUAACGGUGAAACAUACGCUGUUGUAUUGAUGGAUACACAAGGAACAGUUGAUAAUGCAGCAUUAUCAUAUCAAAUGUCUAGUACUAUAUUUGCGUUAUCAACCGUGUUUAGUUCGAUACAAAUUUACAACGUAGCAGAGACGAUACUUGAAGAUUCACUAACAAAUUUAUCACUUUUUGUUGAGUAUGGACGACUAGUACUGGAUGAAGCUACCAAGUUCAAACCUCCUUUUCAGACAAUCGUUUUCGUCGUUCGAGAUUAUAAAUCAUCGGAAGAAUGCUCAUAUGGAUAUGAAGGUGGUAUGGGUUAUCUCAAAACAAUGCUCCAAGUACCAUCAUCUUAUGAAUCCAAUGAACUGAGAGUUGUUCGAAAGGAACUUCAAAGUUGUUUCGAACAAAUACUUUGUUUUUUAUUACCACAUCCAGGUCAUCGGGUUGCAGAUCGUGAAUCUUUUAAAGGACUUGUAAAAGAUAUAAAACCGUUGUUUAAAGAGGAAGUGAAGAAAAUGACGGCACAUCUUUUGAACCCACAAGCAUUGCAACCAAAAAUUGUUAAUGGAAAAACGAUCACAUGCAGAAAAAUUACGGAUAUGUUCAGGGAGUUUGCCAAGACAUUCGACAGUUGUGUGAUACCGGAACCACAGAUGAUUUUAGACACAAAUGCCCAACUAAUGUAUUUGGAGGCAGCAAAUGAAGCAAAAAUAUCGUAUAUCCGAGGAAUGGAUCGGACUUGUUUGAAAUCAGGAAUGUUAUCAGAAAAACGGCUUCAUGAAGCACAUAUUAAAUAUGGUAUUAUAGCUUUGAAUAUUUUCGAAAAGUAUCCAAAAAUUGGAAGUAGCGAAGUUCGAUCCAGGAACCUCUCGACGCUUCAACAAAAUCUAAAUAGCGAAUUGGAAAAGUACAAACGAUUAAAUAAAGAAAAGCGUGUGACAAGUUGCGUGUCGCGCAUGAUUGCGUGUGGUGACUCCGUGUUUUUUGGCAUGGGUCUUGGAUCAGCUGCAUCAGCAGCUAUCGGUGGAGCAGUAUUAACAUUGCAGGCGGGAAUGGUAAGUGCUGGCGUGAUUGCUGUACCGGUUUCACUUACAGCUUUGUUAGCAAUCUGGGCUUAUGUCUAUUAUAAGCCUAGAAUUCGCUCGUGUCUUCGUCAUGACUGUCACAGUGUCUAA